AACGAGACGAGGGGUGUGUUCUAUUAUCAUGUCGUUAGCCAGCCAGCUAAGCUAACAUCCUCACAAAGCGUCACACGGGAGCUUCCCAUUCGAUGGACGCCUUGUUUCAUUCAAAGAAGGCGUUAAUGCCUUCGUCUUGUGUUGAAAUGAAUCCUGCACGUGCGAACGUAUUAUUGUCAGCAUUGUUAUUGCUCCAAACAGGUUCCCAACUUUGAUGUGUUCAAUGUGAAAGGCUUUUUUGUUUUGAACGUUUUAGAAAUGCCCUUCAUCAGUGAAGAAACGAUAUGUGUCCAAAAAGUCCAUGUGGGGCUCGUCGCCACAAAUCGUCCUUAAUACACAACCACCUUACACCCGUUUCCUUUUCAGUAAUGGCUAGUCGUCGUACACGUGAUUAGGACAUAUCUUCUUACCCUUUUGAAUGGAGACAAUGAUUAAGAGCUGCUUCAUUUGUAAGCGACGCUGGUGUCCUGAUAAACAAACAGGAAGCGAUCUGUUGCAAAUGUAGGUUAAGCUGUGCCGCUCGGCACGGCCUUUUGUUUACCACUCUCCUGUGACUUGAGUAUUUUUUUAAUUGUUACCGAUAAAGAUGCUCGUGUGGUCGCUUUGGACCUUGGCAGGAAGGAGGACGCAUGGCGUGGCCCAGCUGCUGUGUGCCGCCAGGCUGCAACGUCACUUUGUGUGGCGUAGGGUGCUGUCCGCAAUGCAGGUGCUGAAAGUGGAAGUGCACUGCGAACCAUGGCAUCGGCCAACGUCACGCUGGAGAAUCAACUGCACAGCGCACAGAAAAACCUGCUGUUCCUCCAGCAGGACCACGCCAGCACACUGAAGGGGCUGCAUGCGGAGGUCCGACGAUUGCAGCAGCAAUGCACAGACCUGACAUAUGAGCUCACAGUGCGAAGCUCCGAUCCUUCAGUGGUUGUUGUGCCUCAUGCAGACAGCGGCGAGGUGCGAUGCCGAGAGCUGCAAAAGAGGUGCGAGGAGCUGGAGGCAGAACUGAAGAAGAAGGAGGAGGAGAACACGGAGCUGCUCAGGGACCUGGAGCAGAAGAACGCCAUGAUCUUUGUGCUGGAAAACACCAUCAAGGAGCGGGAGAAGAAGUACCUGGAGGAGCUGAAAAUGAAGAGCCACAAGCUGGCCGUUCUGUCCGGAGAGUUGGAGCAGCGAGCCAGCACCAUCGCUUACCUCACGUCGCAGCUUCACGCCACCAAGAAGAAACUUCUGGCGGGCAGCUCCUCGGAGGCGAGCCCCAACGUCAGCCCGGUCACCUCGUUCAAGCCCACGCCCCCUCCGGCCAAAGACAGGCAACCCGAAACCCCACGCCGCCGUAUGAGGAAGAGCCUCUCUCAGCCGCUUCACCCCGAGCUGACCGAGGUGUACCGGCUCGGCGCGGACGGCAAGCGGGUGGUCCUGCGAGAGGCCGUGGACGCUAUGCCCGACCCGACGCCCUUCCUGCAAGCGGGGAGAGAGUCUCCGGAUCUGCAGGUGGUACGAGAACGACCAGCCGUCAUUCCACCUAUUGUCUCGGAACGCCCGCCCGCCACUCCCUCGGGGGCUACGGCCAGCCCCCGUCACAGCCCAGCUCGGGACCGCCAGUACAGGGCUCACGUGGGGGUGGCACACCGCAUCCCCCAUGGGACCCCUCCCUUGGCCCCUCCCCAGGCAGAGCUGGAGACUCUGGCGGUGGACCAGGUGAAAGAAGAAAAGGUUGUGCGCAAGCGUUCUGGGGCUGACAGGACAGUUUGAAGCCGUGGCACACACACAUGAAUGCACAUACGCACGCACGUGCACUACUCACAAAAUGUUACGGAUACUCGGCUUACCUUACCUAAAAUGAACUACGGUGAACCCUUUCAUAUUCAGGGCUUGGUCUUCGUCCAAAAACACAACUUAUUUGCUGAAACAAACCGAUUCAUUGUUUUUAGGCUCAGACCAAACUCAUAUCUAAUAUCUCAGUACUUUUUUACCUGCCAAGCAACUACGGUAUGUUAAAAUGAGUGGAGGAACUUCAUUUAGUGAGGGCAUUUGCGGCCUUGUGGCAUCUUUAGUCAAUUGCAAACCCUUUUGGGUGGAUGUCAGUUUCUCAGAAGUAACGUGGGUUGAUUUCACUGUGUGAACUCAAUUUGACCUCUAAAAUUUCCCACUUCAAUGUUUUUUUAAUUUAUUUUUUAUUUUUUGCAUAGUGUGAUAUUCUCUAAAAUACACCAAAUUCACAACAGCAAUUUUUUCCCACCUUGUGAUAUCCAUUUCUUUGCCUUUCAGUGACUCUUCCAGUCGCUCUUGAUCUCAGUUGAUGAUGCAGACAUUCAAAGCACAGUGGCCGCUUCGCUGUGAGAACAUCCUGUUUGAAGCUUCACAAUAAGAAAAGAUAAGAUCAGGCAAUUGCCAAUAAUGGCAAGACACAGUUGAUCAAUUGUUCGGCGAUGUCCAAAUGUGAACAGCUAGAUGACUAGGAUUGUUUAAAUACCCGCUCUGAGCGAAACAGAAAAUUUCAUGGGCCCAACACCCAAUUCUGCUAUUCAUUUCCUCGUUAGUGAACAGGAAAUUGUGCAGAAGAGUACUGAGCCAUUCAAAGUUGAGAAGGUGAUUGUCUAUUUUAGGUUGAUCCAUCCUGAAAUGUUAUCGGGAAGCCCACUAUGCCAAAUUUUUGUGAGUAGUGUAUAUCUACGAUGAGACACACAAGGGGCAGGGAGGGGCCCGAGCACUGUGUAGCCUGCUUUAUACGCAAAACACUGUCAUGUAAAAUGAAAAUGACGCACUGGAUCAACGGGUGUUUCUUCAUGCACAUUUGAAAAGGACGACUGUGCCGCAAAGCAUGCCAAAUAUUUCUUUACAACCUUAUCGAGUGUUGUAUUAUACAUGCAUCAUUCCGUUCCGUGUGGUGCAAUCAACACAUCCUCAGCCAAAUAUCUGCAUCAGUGCCUGCUUGGUGCAAACGCGCACACAAUGCGUAGUGUAGUUUCUGCGACCAGUUGUCUCUGGAAGUCACAACAAACUACAUAGCGAGAUGUCUUCAGCCGCUAAGGACAGUAGCAAUGAUUCAGCUAAUACUCUCUGAAUGUCUUGUCACCCCACUUGCAAUGUCAGUAUACUUCUCUUACUGUAGGCUGCGUAAUCAAGGUGAGCUGGUCACUGCACAUGUAUUUAUGCUUCAAUUCAACGUGAGCUACAAGUCAUGUAUUUCUGUGAGGAAUCAUAAGGACGGAAACAUCUCCAUUAUCUCUGUUAUUUGUGAUAAAAGGGCAUUUGGAAAAGCACUGCUGUUGUUGGACUUUGUGAUAGAGGUAAUAUACUUUAUAAAGCCUGUACAUUUGUAUGGAUUUUUUUUUAAUUUAGUGUUUAUUAGAGACUACAGCAACACCUCAGACAGUAAUUAUUGUCACUUUAUAUCCUGCUUUUCAUAUAAAACGUACACUUGACUAAUAAUAUAAAUUCACACAAUAAAGCUUUUUUUGGUUGCCUA